AUGGCGAAUACAAUCUUUACUCAAAAGGCUACUUGCUUAGCCGCAGGGUCAUUCAGUGGAUGUCAAGCUUCAAAGGUGGAUCAUCCAAUUCAUCAUCUUAGAUUCAACUCCAAGAUCAAAUAUAAUCGCUUCUCUCUUCCAGAACAGAACACGGGCUUUAGAAUUCAAAAUGAAGCUACAAGAAAGAUGAACAUGGCUGUCUACGCUAGCAUACCCCCAGAAGCCCCGUUUCCUGUUGAUCCUUCUCCUGGUCAUUGGAAAGUUUGGAUCAUUGGAACAAUAUUCACGAUACUUCUGUCCUUUUCCAAGGGCAAGUGGGGACCUUUGUUGCAACUCAAAGAGAAAAUCGAUACAGUAAUAGACGAAGCAGAACAGAUAGCAGACGUUGUAGAAGAAGUGGCUGAGGGAGUGGAGAAGGUUGCAGAAGGGGCUGUCAAGAAUAUUCCUGAGGGAAAACUUCAUGAUACUGCUGAAUUUGUUGAAAAAAUUGCUGAAGAUAUAGACAAGCAAGCCAAAAAUGCAGAAGAUGCUUUAGAAAAGGUAGAAGACAUGGAAAAGGAAUUCGAGUCCUUUCUUGAAUCAACUACUCAUCAAGAAAAAACUAUUGUCCCAACUACAGAAGCAAAAGAUCAAAAGUAG